AUGUUGGUGGAUCGACAAGGUUCUAUUAAGAGGCAGAAAAUAGAAGGAUGCGCGUCUCGUCCACCGCCGUAUGACGAUGUCGAUGACGAUGAGGAGCACAAUGAAAGAAGCCAGCGUCGUAACAGCGACGGUAGGGCUCAAAGGUGUAGGAGCAAGCUCGGGCCUGUUGAAGGCUGCCCUUAUCUUGAUACCGUGAAUCGCCAGGUGCUGGAUUUUGAUUUUGAGAAGUUCUGUUCGGUCUCUCUGUCAAAUCUGAACGUUUAUGCCUGUUUGGUGUGUGGAAAGUACUACCAAGGAAGAGGGAAGGGAUCCCAUGCGUAUGCUCACAGCUUUGACGCAAGGCACCAUGUGUACAUCAACUUACACACUGAGAAAUUGUACUGUCUUCCUGACGGAUAUGAAAUUGUUGACCCAUCUCUAGAUGAUAUACGGCAAGUACUGAACCCGAGGUUUACCAAGGAACAAGUUGCACAGCUGGACAGAAACAGACGAUGGUCUAGGGCGCUUGAUGGAUCUGAUUAUCUUCCUGGAAUGGUGGGACUCAACAAUCUCCAUGGAACUGAUUUUGUAAAUGUUACGAUUCAGUCUCUAAUGAGGGUAACGCCAUUGAGGAAUUUCUUCCUCAUGCCUGACAAUUAUCAGCAUUGUGGUUCCACUCUUGUUCAACGUUUUGGGGAGCUAACACGGAAGAUAUGGCAUGCUGGAAACUUUAAGGGACAGGUCAGCCCUCAUGGGUUCUUACAAGCAGUUGCGGAAGCCAGCCAGAAAAGGUUUUGCGCAGGCCAGCAAUCUGACCCUCAGGAUUUCUUGGCGUGGCUCCUCAAUACACUUCAUGCAGAGCUUACAACUUCCUGCAGGAAUAACUGCGCAUUAUUGUCUUGGCUGCAGGGAGAAAUGGAGGUUAUCAAAGAGAUUCCGACGAAAACUAUCCCUCAAAAGGAAGACAAUGGCGUUGAGACAGAACAUGGUAUUAAUGUUCUCAAGCAUAAGUCCAGAAUGCCAUUCUUGAUGCUCGGACUGGGAUUGCCCCCGCCUCCUUUGUUUAAGGAUGCGAUGGAGAAAAACAUCAUUCCACAGGUUCCUUUGUUCAACAUACUGAAGAAAUUCGACGGGGAGACUGUCACUGAAGUAGUCCGGCCUCGCUUUGCCCGGACGAGAUAUCGGAUAACUAGAUUGCCACGGUAUCUAAUCCUUCACAUGCAACGCUUUGAGAAGAACAACUUCUUCAUUGAGAAGAACCCAACAAUAGUCAACUUCCCUGUGAAGAACUUGGAACUGAAGGACUACAUUCCUCUGCCAAUGCCUAAGGAGGACAAUAAAUCUGGCUCCAAGUACGAUUUGGUAGCUAACAUUGUUCACGAUGGCAAACCUGAAGAGGGCUUAUACCGAGCUUUUGUGCAGCGCAAGUCUCAAGAUAUAUGGUACGAGAUGCAGGAUCUACAUGUCUCCGAGACGCUUCCUCACAUGGUGGCCCUCUCCGGAGCAUAUCUACAGAUAUACGAGCAACAUCCAGUAUAG